AUGAAGGGUGUCAUGAGGUUCGAAAAUAAGGGUAAGCUAAGUCUGCAUUUUGUAGGUCCAUUUAAGAUCUUGGAGCGAGUCGGCUCUGUGGCUUACCGUUUGGAUUUGCCACUGUCUCUCUCUGUGAUCCAGAAUAUUUUUCAUGUCUCCAUGCUGAAGAAGUAUUUAACGGACUCGUCUCAUGUGGUGGACAUUGAGCCCUUGCAACUGAAUGAAAACUUACGCUAUGAAGAGAAGCCUGCGCAAAUUAUGGCCAGAGAGGUGAAAAUUUUGCGCAACAAGAAGGUGCCACUGGUGGAGGUUCUGUGGCAGAAUCAUCAGUUUGAGGAAGCAACUUGGGAGCGAGAGGACGAGAUGAGAACACUGCAUCUAGAGCUCUUCCAAGAUUAUAACUUUCAAGGACCAAAGUUUAUUAAGGAGGGAAGAGUGUGA